AUGUCGUUCUCAGGAACGCCACUGGGCCAAGGUCGACGACUCGAUCACAGCACUUUCCUAAACAAGCGCAACCCCCUCCCCGCACCGCGUCUCGCCCAGCAACAGGCUUCUACCGCUACAACCACCACCACUACCAACAAGCCACCGAGCUCACCGUCGCGAGCGGCCGAGCCGAACGUCCCGACAUCGUACUCGUACGGCGCGCCCACGGCCACGACGCGCUCGCCACCAAAGCUCAACAAAUCGAACACGUCCCUGCCCGACGGCGUCGACGUCUCGGCCGACGCACCCGCCCUCAUACGCUUCGCGCGACUGAAACACCGCGAGUCCGCCACGGCCAGCAACCCGCAGGACCCGGCGUGGGUCGUACAAGACACGAGCGUGAACAUCGCCAACGCGCUGACCAUCGCCGCAAACACAUCGAGCGAGAUGGACCACAGCUACACACAGAGAGUGCCGCGGAGCACGAGCGUGGACUACGAGAAGGAGACGCAGCACACGCGGCAGUUGCCGAUCCGCGCCAAGCCGCCGUCGUCGCGCGGGAGCCAGACGCAGCGGCCGGCGACCAAGGCGCCCAGUCUGCAGUUUGUGCCUGGGAGCGACGACGAGGAGAACGCGCAGGAGAUGGCGAAGCGGAAGGAGAGGGGGAAGAGCCCGCUUGUUGCGCUGGGCGAGAGCAUCGCGGAGACGGCGAAGAGGACGGCGUUUUAUAUGCGCCCGUCGUCGCAGUCCCAGACCCAGCAGAACGGAAAUGGAAAUGGACAUACCCAGGACGAGUCGUAUGACUAUGCCGCUGAAGAGCGCGAGUUUCAGCAGAGCCAGCCUCAAGCUCGCCGCGUCCGGCGCGCGAACAUCCCCGUCGACGCGAAAGCGUACAAGCCUACCGAAUCUGACUUGGAGUCCGAGUCUGAGGAGGACAGCGAUUCGGGCAAGCCCAGGAGGAGGAAAAAGAAAAAGGGAGAGGCCGGCGGGUUGUUGACCGGCUUGCCGACUGUGGGGUAUGGAGGGAAAAGGAGGAAGAGGAAGAGUAUGGGCGGAAAGGAGGACAGUUUGGCUACGCUCGCUGAGGAGGACGAUGGAGAGAUCGUCGAGAAGAUUGGCGAAACGCUGGACAUGCAACGAGCAGGCUCGGUCCAAGCUCCCCCACUCAUCAUCCGCCCCGCAUCCCGCCCGCCUUCCCUUCCGCCCGCACCGCCACAACCACAACCAUUCGAAUCGUCUCUCGACUCUAUAGACGAAAGCCAGCCGCCUUUAAUUUCCGACGACUCGUUCAACAGUCAUCAACGCGCUCCCUCCCUCCCUCGCCGCGUGCCCAAGAACCCGAAACCCAAACGCAGCGCGCGUUCACUCGGGGCUUUGACAGGACGCGCAGUAAACGUUGUCCUGCGCCUCAUCCUCUUCGCCCUAUCCGAGUCUCUACGGGCGCUUGGCCGAGCGCUUGGCACAGUAUUCGACGCGACGAUCCGCAAACCCGCAAAGUUGCUCGGCUCGACUAACUUCACGCCCUUCAUCCAAAUCGCGAGUGUGGCGCUCAUCGGAUACCUCUUCUACUCCGGCCUGCGCUCAGUCAACCUCGGCCACCUCUUCUCGCCUUCCACCCCAGCGCCAGUGUACACCCCACCCGACGUCCCAGCCGCAUCCAUCGCCGAACUCGGUGCGCGCCUUCAAGCGCUCGAGAACGCGCUGGGCAAGCUCAGCUUCGAGGCGGCGCAUGAGCGCGCGAGGUUAGACGCGCAUGCGGACGUGAGCUCUAAACUCGAGAGUCUGAGGAUGGAGCUCAGUCGGGUGGAUGGGGAUCGGGCGGCCGAACGUGCUCAGGCGAGCCAGAUCGUGCAGAGCGUACGGAAAGAGGUCGAGGGGCUGAGGAGAGACGUAGAAGUCAAAGGACAGGAGUGGAGUAAGGAGAGGGACGGGAGGAGUAAGGAGGAGUUGGAUAGGCUGGAGAAGGCUCGGAAGGCGGAGGCCGAACGCGUUAAGGCGCUUGAGGAAAGGCUGGGAGGUGUGGAGGGAGGGCUGAAGGAGGCGCUCGAGGUCGUCAGGAAGCCGGUCGUGCCGGUUAACGAUAAGUCGCAUGCGCCGGCUUGGUGGACGAAGCUCUCAACAUCCACCGGCAAACCGCUCAGCAUCAAGGGCAACAACGGCGAAGAUGUCACAGUACUCAUCGGUGCGCUCGUCGACGAAGCCGUAUUGCGCACGCAGAAGGAUGGACUAGCGAGAGCAGACUUUGCCCUCCAUUCCGGCGGCGCGCGCGUUAUACCCAGCCUCACAAGCCCAACACUCGACGCGCCCCCGCGCGGUCUGCGCGAGGCCCUACACGGUCUCCUCACAGGCUCCGGCGCACCCGUCGGCCGCCCGCCCGUCUACGCGCUCCACCACGACACCUCCGCGGGGAUGUGCUGGCCCUUCGGCGGCUCCCACGGAACGCUCGGCGUCGCGCUCGCCCGGCCCGCAUUCAUCGACGCCAUCAGCAUCGACCAUCUCGCGCGGGAGCUCGCGUGGGACGUGAGGAGCGCGCCGAGGGGGAUGGAGGUGUGGGGUCUUGUUGAAGGGCGCGAGAAUCUGGAGAAGGUCGGCGUUUGGGAGAUGGGGCGGGCUAUGAGGCGCGCGGCGUGCGCUUCGGGCGAAUCCGCUCCCAAUUCUCCGGAAUGCGCGCAGGUGCAGGACGAGGAGAGCGAAGAGGAGUAUCCGCCCGAGCUCCCGAAAAGCGCGAAGUACGUCCGCAUUGCGGCGUUCGAGUACGAUGCGCGGCAGGGGCGGCCCGUGCAGACCUUUGACAUCGACGAGGGCGUUAAGGCGCUGGGGGUCGACUUUGGGGUGGUCGUGUUGCGGGUGCUGGGGAAUUGGGGUGCGGAGUAUACGUGUCUUUAUAGGGUGAGGGUGCAUGGGACUAUGUUGGGGGCUGAGGGGGGCGCGCUGGACGCGCUUGAUUAG